UCCGUUACGGACAGUCCAGUUACAGUGCUCUGUGCAAGCACGCAUCUCACGCGGCCCAAAGUGUCAAACCGAUCCAAGUAGACCGAAAAGUGGCUCCGUUUCGCGACACCUGUCACCGAGAACCGAUCGUCCAAGCCUUGUAGUAAAUAACAAUCUUGCUUCGGUGGGUAGCUUCGGCUGGUACAGGUUCUUCGGGUUCGUCCUCUUCUUCUCGAACGAGAUGGUUCGACGGUUGGCGCAUUGUUCCGUUCAUCUGGCUCUCCUGUUGGCCGUGGCCUCGGCGAGAUCGGCCGAGACCAAUCCCACGACUAAUUCCAUCGACGGGGAGGCGGGUAGAUCGACGGGGAGCGGCAACGUGUUCGGGGAUCUUCGGCAGAUGUAUCAGAUCUACAAAGAAUGCGCGGACGAGGAUCUCAGUUCCUGUUUGAAAGUGAGGCUGUUGUCGGUUAUGGACAGGGUGUCGAGGAGCGUCCAGUUGAAUGUCGCGGACGGGGUCACCUUCGUCCAGGACGAUCCAAUUUCGGCGAACGUCGCGGAGGAACCGCCGAAAUCCCUUCAGGAGAUCGAGGCUAGCCUGCCGAGAAGUUUGGAGGACAAGGAGGACGCGUUGAACACCAUGAUCUUGGACAAGGUGGUCAAGUUCUUCCAGAGCCACACGUUGAAGUUGAAACUGCCCAACGUGGAGGAACUUCAACGGAGCCUCGUCGAGGAAGGUCGCAAAAAGAAGAAGAACAUGAGCGGUCUUCUCGCCAUUCCCCUGCUGAUCGGUGGAACCCUGGUGCCGCUGGCUCUGGGAGCGUUGGCCCUCCUGGCUGGGAAAGCUCUGAUCGUGAGCAAGCUCGCUCUCGUCUUGGCCUCCAUCAUCGGUUUGAAGAAGCUGGUGUCGGGAGGCGGGGACCACGGCCACGAAGUCGUUCAAGUAGCUGGUGGCCACGGAUCGAGCGGAUGGGCGAGAUCGAGUCACGACCUCGCCUACUCCGCCUACAAGCCGUCGUCCACCACGUACAUACACACGCACACACACACAUCGGGGAAAAAGGAAAAAGGAAAAAGGAGAUACACGUCGUCAAACACUUUUAUCUUCGGAUUCCGUUCUUGUGAUCCCACCUCAUCAUCUCUCGUUCUCGAGUGUGUCGAGUAUCGUAUCCGCGGCCGUAUCCAGUGUGAAGAGAGUCGAAGAAAAGAGUCGAAGAUGACGGCGAUGAUCAAGUUAUCGGGGAUCGCGAUCCUCCUAGCCGCGGCGGCGACGGCCGCACCCACGGCAACCCAGGAGGCGGCCCAACCGUCCGUCCUCGAACAGGCUCUGGACGUGUACGCGUCCUGCUCCGGGGAGGAGGACGUCUCCGUCUGCUUGAAACUGAGGGCGCUCAGAUUCGUGGACAGGGUGGCCAGGUCGAGCGCGGACAUCGAGGUCGCGGAUGGGUUCAAGAUCGUGGAGACGGAGGAGGCGAAGAGCAGCCGCGCGGACAACGGAAGAUCUCUGAACGACAUCGAAAGCAGCUUGCCGGCCGAGGCGGGAGCCAAAGAGGCAGUCAUCGAUCAGGCGAUCCUCGACAGGACCGCCAAGUUCCUCUCCACCCACACCGUCGAGCUGAGUCUACCCGAGGACGUGUCCCGCUCCUUCGACGAGGCUCGAGGAAAGAAGAAGAAGAUCGUGAAAUCCCUGCUGCCGAUCCUGUUGCUCCUCAAACUGAAGGCCGCGGCUCUGAUACCGAUCGCGUUGGGUGGCCUUGCCCUGCUCGCGCUCAAGGCGCUCGCGAUUGGCAAGAUCGCGUUGAUCAUCAGCGCCAUCAUCGCUCUGCAGAAGCUGUUCGCCAACAAGCAUCAGAGUUACGAAGUGGUCGCCCACCCUGUACACUCGUACGGGCAGGAAGACCACCACGGAUGGGCGAGAUCGUCGGGAGCCGACCUCGCGUACAAGGCGUACAAACCCUCCGAAUAGUUUCGGGUCCCCGUUCGUUGGUAGCAAUACGUUUCUUCAUUCUCAACUCACCUACCUUCGCUCGCCAAAGUGAUCGUUCGGCCGAGGGGCGAUCACCCGAGGGGCUGCGCGAUCUCGAGCACUUUGUCCGGAGAGCUCGACCUGUGCAAUCGAUCGAUCGACCACCUGGAUACUCGUCGACGCUCGUCUUUGAGCGGUAUCGUUACACACAGUGACGCAUACUACAUUCACACACACAGGGACACGUACAUACAGUGACGGGACAUACCGUGACUUCGCCGAAUAUCGAUACUUUCCUCUUCGACUUGGAGACACGCUUUGCAUCGAACCAUCCAUCGCAGGAUUACGAUUUUCGUCGAUUGUGACGUAAGCAUGGAUGGAAAGCAGCUACGACGGACUUUAUUCAUUAUGGACAGUGGUGAAAGGUGGCGAACGUAUGGGUUUCCACCAUCAGUGAUCGAUACGAUGUACCCCUUCCAGGGGGGUCGACGAUCCCUCGAUCGCAGAUCCCGGGUCGAACGCGCUCGGACUCAGUAGUCAGUACCUGUACAGGGCUACCAGAUUUCAUCCAAUGAUUAUUUAUAUUCUCAUCCCUCGCCCGGGUCGCCAUGUAACUUAUAUCGAACUAUUUAUAAAUAAAUGUUAAUUUUAUACGAA